AUGCCAGCCUCCCAAGAUCAGUCCAGCCUCAACCAAGCCCCAGGGGCAGGCACAACCUACGGACCCUCCGACAGCAAAGAUUUCUCAACUGCAACCCCCUCAAUGUCCGUCGGUAUGGCCACUGCAGCCGGCCAUGGUGACCACCCCAAGGACAAUGCAGACGACAGCAACGCCCGUCUCCCCGGCUCCAAGGUGGGCCCUCAGCAAGAAGAUCUGGACGGAGAGCAAAUGCGGGCGCCUGGAGAAGGAGAGGUGAUGCAUGCACAGUUCAACAAGAAGAAUGCUGGGUGGGGAGAGGAGGGCAGCUAUACCAGUAAUUUGGACAGACAAAAAGCUGAGCAAGCGGGCAAGAGGGAGGAAAUCAAGGAGGCGAGGAGAAAUGGGGAGAGUAUUGAUGGUGGUGCUGGGAAUAGAGUCGCGAAUGAGGGGCUGAAUAGCGUAUAA